UAAUAAAACUUCCGAACUUCGGAUUGUAAGUGGGGUUGUGAAGGGUUAAUUUGAGGGUUGGAACAUAGUUGGGGUACCUUCAAAUACAGAAACGCCUUAUCAGUAAUUCUAGUAGGAUGACAGAAAAAGAGCCUGAUGCAACGUGGGCCUUAGAGCUGUUGUCAUCAAAAGAUUGGGAAGAACCAUUUACAAAGAAAUGGUUUGGUCCAACCAACGGUGGAGUUUUAGGCUUAGCUUCUGCUAUUUAUGUUAAUUAUGCUUCUAGAAGACCCGUUUGGUCAGGUCUUCAGAAGCAUUUAUCAUACACUUUGAUUGGCAUUGGUCUGGGAUAUUAUGCACAGAAAUACGUCUCUAAGGUGUUGUCUGAAAAAGAUGCUGUUCUACGCCAUUACGUUAUCCUUCAUCCUGAACUUUUUCCUGAGCCAGAGCGCAAAAAGUGGGGCGAAGUGUUUCAAGAAUGGAUACCGAUUCGCUAAAAGUUAUUAAGGUAUUACAUCAGUUUCAUAGCUCAUUGAUGUAUGCAACAGUUCUGUUUAUGGACGAAUGAUCCAGUCUGAACACUAUUGCUUACUUCUCUUGUAAAUAAAUUAUAUAGAAACACA